GUGUAAAUAAACAUUAUCCUUCCCCUGGGGAUAUGCAUUUGGGUAAGGAAUAACACAAACAAAUUUAACUGCACAGUUUAAAAUUUACAGACAUAACAUAAAUUGAGCUCCUCGAUUGUCAACCUUGUAACCAUGGCAGACCAAGUAGAGCCUGCUCCAUUACAGGUCCCAGGAGAAGAACCAAUAGAGCCGGUUGAAAAAGCUGAAGAAAAACCGGAUGCUGGAGUAAAAGAAGACCAAGGUGUAAAAGAAGAAGAGCAAAAAGUAAAGGAAGAGGAACCACCUAAAGAGGACGAAGGACAAAAAGCUGCAGAAGAAACACCGGUACAAGAAGUAAAUCAGGAUGAAAAGGAAGAAAAACAACCACCUAAGGAAGAACAACCACCUAAGGAAGAACAACCACCUAAGGAAGAAAAACAACCACCUAAGGAAGAAAAUCAACCGCCUAAGGAAGAAAAACAACCACCAAAGAAAGAAAUUGUGACUGAAGCCAAAAAGGAUUCAGUUAAAGAUAAAUCCCCUCCAAAAACUGAUGAUACUGCAGAUAAGAUUGAAAAGAAACAAAAGAAGAGCGACAAGCCUGAAGUUAAACCGCUGUUUGACAGCAAAGGCAGUCUGUUAGAGACGCAGUCGUUUGUCCGAGAGAGGAUCAGAGAAAUCAAGGAGAAGAGAGCAACAGUGGCGAAACUGAUUGGGGAUCUGCAGGCUAAAGUCAAGGCUUAUAAAGAGAAAAAAAAUCCCACUGACGAAGACACCGCCAACUUGAAGACCUACCACGCUCAGUUCCUAGAGAAGCUGGGAGAGUUUGAAGAGAUGACUCGGAACCUGGAGAAGCUGAUGGGGAUGGCUGACGUGUCUACGUCUCAACUGGACAUGAAGAUGUCUGGGCCUCCAAUGCCUAGCAAGCCUAAGGAGAAGGUGGCUGAGCCCGAGAAGCCCAAGGUACCGGCCAGUGGGGAGGUGGUGCCUUUCAAAGACAUUGAGGACAAGUUGCCCAAGCUAGUGGUGUGUGGAGCAGACACAGGAGACAACGUACCCAGGAUCAUCGUGUGUGAACCUCUGCGGAAGAAGGACCUGGAGCCCUGGAGUGAUAAGGCUAAACCUGGCGAAUGUAUUGAAAAGCUGAAUGAAUGUUUUAUGAACCAACAGAGACUAGCUGCAGAAAACGCAGAAGUUCAGAGAAUAAGGCAUCAGCAGCAGCAGCAACUGCUAGACAUGCAGGAGACUCUGGACAGUAUGAGACAGAGGAUGAUGGUGCUGGAGAUGGAUAACCGCAGAGUGACGGCGGAGAACCAGGAGUUGCAGCAACGGCUCAGAGUGCAGCCUCCUCCGCAGCCGAGUGUGCCAGGCGUGAAGAUGUGCAAGAGGGAUCUUUACAUGCAGUACAAGGGACAUCCAGCGGAAGCCAACAUGCAGGACUUGGAACAAGAGCUGAUGAAGAUGGGUGGGGACAUUGUGACGAUUGCCAACGAUCUGGACAACAUUCACAGGGAGAAGAUGAACCUGGGCUAUCCAACAAGUCCUAGGAAAACGUGCAAAUUGAUGCUACCACAAGUUGGAACGCAAACCGAUGAAGACAAAGAGAAGGACGUUGUUUUUGAAUCAGACAAAGAUGUUAAAUUCAAAGACCUAAGAGAGCAAUACCAAAGGCUGCACAGUGAUUUCAAAAACAAAGUGGCAGAAGUGGCUGCUUUGAGAGUGGAGUUGGAAAAGUCGAGGAAGGAGUUGGACGAGAUAACAAUCCUGCAUCAGGAGCUGGAGAUGAUGCAUCAGAAGGAGGUGGAAGACAACAGCACGCUGAUGGUGGAGAAGAAUCAGAUCCAAUCUUUCAAAGACCAAAUCGUGGAUUUGGAGCAGCAAGCCAGUAUUGCCAAGCAGAUGUUCAAGUCUUCACAGGAGGAAAUGGAGGAGAUGAGAUCACUGAUCGAGGAUCAAGCGACUCAACUGGACGAGUACAGGAAUAAGUAUAUGAGAACACUCCAAAUUGCGGAAGAAUUGAAGAAGGAAAAUGAAUUCAAAGAAAAGGCAUGCGCUGACCAGAUUGCCGUGGAAAUUCAGCGAGUAAAGCAAGAAAUGCAAGAACAGCUGGAGGAGCUAAUACCCAUCAAGGAUCUGCUGAAGAUGACCCAGCAGAAGCUUAAAGAGACGGAGCAGAUGCACACUAUAGCGCUGGAGACCAUAGCAGACAUGUCACAACAACUGGAGGAUGCUCGUGGCCAGAUGGAAUCCAUGAAGGAUAAAAUUACUGCUAUAGAAGGCCAUGGGGAGUUACAAGAAAAUCUGAAAAACAGUCUUGAAGUGGCCGAGAAAAGAAUGACUGAAUUGGAAAGUGAAAAUACCCGUCUCAAGGAGGUAGUGUUACAACUGGAGGCCAACCAGGCUGUACAGAAGGAUCAGCUGGAGGCCAAGUCUCAUGAGCUACUGCAGAUGGUGUCUCAGGAGGUGGUGUUACAACUGGAAGCCAACCAGGCUGUACAGAAGGAUCAGCUGGAGGCCAAGUCUCAUGAGCUACUGCAGAUGGUGUCUCAGGAGGUGGUGUUACAACUGGAAGCCAACCAGGCUGUACAGAAGGAUCAGCUGGAGGCCAAGUCUCAUGAGCUACUGCAGAUGGUGUCUCAGGAGGUAGUGUUACAACUGGAAGCCAACCAGGCUGUACAGAAGGAUCAGCUGGAGGCCAAGUCUCAUGAGCUACUGCAGAUGGUGUCUCAGGAGGUGGUGUUACAACUGGAAGCCAACCAGGCUGUACAGAAGGAUCAGCUGGAGGCCAAGUCUCAUGAGCUACUGCAGAUGGUGUCUCAGGAGGUGGUGUUACAACUGGAAGCCAACCAGGCUGUACAGAAGGAUCAGCUGGAGGCCAAGUCUCAUGAGCUACUGCAGAUGGUGUCUCAGGAGGUGGUGUUACAACUGGAAGCCAACCAGGCUGUACAGAAGGAUCAGCUGGAGGCCAAGUCUCAUGAGCUACUGCAGAUGGUGUCUCAGGAGGUAGUGUUACAACUGGAAGCCAACCAGGCUGUACAGAAGGAUCAGCUGGAGGCCAAGUCUCAUGAGCUACUGCAGAUGGUGUCUCAGUUGAUAUACCUAUGA